CCCGAGCUACAGAUCCAGAGGCCGCCACAAUCGCAAAGCGUUGAUUGACAAAGAAAGGAGGGAAUUCGAAUUUAGCGUAGGCCUAAACAAAUCGACUGGAUAGUUACAAUUAUCUGAAGUCAUGGAGGCUGCAAGGGACUGGGUUGUUGAUAUGUUCAAGGAACACGUCGAUGUGUUGACAACAGACACGACUGUGGCUGCGGCAACGGUUUUUGCCGUGGUCGUGUUGCUAAUUCUCGUGCCGUUUGGAGCCAAGUUCAUGGUGAAGGGGUUUAGUUGUGUGAUAUUCUUUGAGGGAAUAUUAUUACUGCUCUUCCCAGAAAUAGCCUUCAAAAUCUUUGCUGCGGAAAAUGUGGAACCUGAUGUCCUUCAUCUUCAAGAGAUCCGCUCCCUUGGGAUAAUAGACAUUGCAAUUGGCAUGACAUUCUUCUUGACCAUGAAGAGUACAGACAGUACUGUACAUAGCAGCUAUUUUUUUUCCAUGACUCUGUUGACUGGUUGUUGUCUGAUGAUGGAAGCUGCAGCACUGUCCAAAAAAAAUCCCAAAGUGAACCCAAAUAUGAGGAACUUAGCUGUACACAACCUGCUGAUAUGGUUUGGACUGUUCGUAUUCCACUCAAUGAGACAACAGGAUUGGGGAGGUUAUGUUGAAGUGUCCACCUCAUGCCGUAAUACUCAUCUUCGAUUGGACUUUGUGAUCUGGUUCUUAACUGGUCUUGCAGCAGUCAUCUACCCCCAAAUCAUAUACUCCUGUCAAGUGGUUUCAUCGUUCACACUGGAUGCUACCCAUGCUCAGAAUGCCAGACUGAUGGGAGUGGGAUUCAUCGCCUUGGCUUUCAUGUCGGGGAGAGCCUCUAAUUUCUUGCGGGAAGAUGACAAGAAAGCAGUACUUCUUAGCCAUGCAUUAGCCUGUGUACUGCUCCUGGUCACAAUGGGGCUGAACCAGAUCCUCACCACAAGCUUCACAGUGUGGCACGCAGCCUUUGGAAUGACCACAGUGUUCCUGACGCUCGUCAAUGCCAUCCUAGGGUCUGACCCCAAACAGCUUGCGAGAAAUGCCAAACAGCAGCUAUCCAAGCUGGUACCAGUGAAACAAGACUAAAGUGCUUCUGUUAACAAAUGUAAAUUAUGCAGCUUACAACAAUCUUUAACUGUUGAACAGUACAAUCAUAAUUGAAUGUGUGACAUUACAACCAUCAUUGACUUAGCAGCAGUACUCCUAUCAUUGACUUGGCAGUAGGACUCGUAUCAUUGAUAUGGCAGCAGUACUCCUAUCAUUGACUUAGCAGCAGUACUCCUAUCAUUGACUUAGCAGCAGUACUCCUAUCAUUGACUUGGCAGCAGUACUCCUAUCAUUGACGUGGCAGCAAUACUCCUAUCAUUGACUUAACAGCAGUACUCCUAUCAUUGACUUAGCAGCAGUACUCCUAUCAUUGACUUAGCAGCAGUACUCCUAUCAUUGAUUUAGCAGCAGUACUCGUAUCAUUGAUAUGGCAGCAGUACUCCUGUCAUUGACUUGGCAGCAGUACUUGUAUCAUUGACGUGGCAGCAGUACUCCUAUCAUUGACUUGGUAGCAGUAUUCCUAUCAUUGACUUGGCAGCAGUACUCGUAUCAUUGACUUGGCAGCAGUACUACUAACAUUGACUUGGCAGCAGUACUCCUAUCAUUGACUUGGCAGUAGUACUAUCAUUGACUUGGUAGCAGUACUCCUAUCAUUGACUUGGCAGCAGUACUCCUAUCAUUGACUUGGUAGCAGUACUCCUAUCAUUGCCUUGGCAGCAGUACUCCUAUCAUUGACUUGGCAGUAGUACUAUCAUUGACUUGGUAGCAGUACUCCUAUCAUUGCCUUGGCAGCAGUACUCCUAUCAUUGACUUGGCAGCAGUACUCCUAUCAUUGACUUGGCAGGUAAAGUAGAGUGAAAUAGCUCUUGAUGCUGUUUUAUGCAAAACAUUACUUAUUAUAUUAUGGCUCAGCUGAAACUGAACUGAACCAAACAACAAAUUUGGACAAUUCAGAAUCCACCCAGCAAUUUGCUGAUGAGUUUAAUUCAAAGUUUUGUCUACUAGGUUAAUACCUGUGCCAUAUGGAAUCUUUACUUACUUGCAUUGCAUGACAUAUGAUCUGGUCGUAUCACUAAAUACAGAUUCAUUUAUAUUUUGUAAAAAUUAAUUGUAUGUUGUUUGAGUAUACUUGACAAAACUACAACAGUUGAUCUAUAUUAUCUUUAACAUGUCCAUAAUGUGAAUAUUUUCAUAAUAACAGUUUUAUGAUUUCCAUUUGAUAAUUCGAUAUUAAAGAUUUCAAGAAUGUGGAACUUGAUGAAAAAAUGUUUCCAUUCAAAGAUUUUAAAAUGUUUAUAUAGAAAUCAAUUGAUUUUCAUUGUUGAAUUUCCAACCAGUUCAGAGUAACAACUAUCUUGUAUAACAUAAACAGAACAGGUAGCUGAGUGUAUUUACCACCUGAUCCUUUACUGCUGUAAAUUAUUUUUCAAAACCCCAAAAUAGUUCCAUUAACAACUGUAUGAUUGAUAAUCUACUAUGAGAUUCAAGUCAAGUCUAGUGCAUCAUUGAGUAGAUUACACUUUAAAACUGUGGAAGUUUAAUGUAAUUCUUUAUUCUCCUACACUUGAUCUAUUGUUUAUCCCAUUAUAUUGAGAAAAUAGCUGUUCUCUGUGUACCAAAUGAAUGAUUUGACUUUUUCAAGUGUAAAAAUUAUGGGUUUGUAAAAUGUGAUGUCAUUCAUCAUUUGGGGCAGUAUGUUGAGCUGUCCCUGUUAAAACAUGAUAUGGCAUGAGAAUGAAGAUCAAUAUAAUCUGGAAUUAUAUUCCGUUUUGAGUUGCAACCAUUUCAGCAAUAGUAGUAUCUGUACCUUAAGACAAAAUGAAUGCUAAAUUAUCUUUCACCCUUUCACCCCUAUGUAACUUUAGUAGACUCUACCAUGCAUUGAUAUGGAUGAGUCCAUUAUGGUCUACAGUGUUGAAAGGGUUAAAAUACAAAAUAAGCAACACACUAGACACCAAAAAAGCAAAAAAGAGUGCAUUGCUUUUACAUAAUCAAGUGCUAAAAUCUCAUAAAAUAUUGAAAGGUCUUUAGGAAGUUCCCAAAUGUCAUAGUACAUGUACGGAACUACAUCAAAAUGUCUGGUCCCUACAAAGUACUGUACUUUUGGUAUUAAGAUUCUGGUUUUGUAUGUAUGUGACUGGAGCAAUAUGUUUAUGCUACACAUUUAAAUACACUGUAUAUAUAUUUGUAUGUUACAUGUUUGUUAUUAUAUAAGUGUAAUCAUAUACACAUUUUGAUCUCUCUUUAGUAGUAGUGUAUAUAACUUAGUAUAUACUGUGGAAUGAAAAGCAUCCGUACAAUUGUUUUGUACAUUUGUCAGGUUUUGAUAAAAUUUAUUCUAACAUGCAUUGUAUUACAAUUAACUGACCUUGAUUGGUGUACAUUUUUAUACUAACUAGUUUACACCAUGUUUGUAGAUGAAGUGUUAAAUUUCAAGCUGUUUGUUGGAACCGGGUAUAUAACAAUAAAAUAUGGUGAACUACUAAUAAAACAUAUUUUUUAAAUUC